AUGUUCCAAUUUUGUGAGUAUGGUUUGAGCAAUUCUAAAAUGGACUUGCCUAAUUGUGAUAACCAGCUGGAUGUUGCCGUAAGGAAGACAUCUCUGAGAGAUCUACAGAGUGAUGAUAAAAUGAAAAAGCUAACCUUUGUAAGCUCUUCAUUGUUGAAGGAUAAAGAUGUUGGUCCUGAUUCUAAUAAUGUUUUUGGCUCCAAGAGACUCUUGCCUCAUUUCUCAGUGAAUCACCUUAUUCAACAAUCUAUUGGAAAUAAUGCUGCAAAUGGACAUCUUUUGUAUGCUCGCAGAAAAUCAGAGGUAGAAUUGGGCAAGAGCAUUGCUUGCGAAAAUCCAAGUAUUAAUGAUUAUUGUCGGUAUUUGAGCCAGCUUUGUUGUGAACAGGAGACUGCUCAAAUAAAGCCUCUGAUAAAGGUGCCAAAGGUUUCAUGUUUUCCAACAUUUGCACAUUUUCCAAUGACUUCCUCAAUGAGCUCAUCCAGAAAGCCUUCUGUUCCUAUUUCUCUUAGGAAAUCUCCCCUGAGGCUAUCACCGGUUGAGUCGAAUUAUAUGAUAGCUUCUUCUGGCCCUGCCAGUGGUAAUCCAAAGGGAUUGAAAAGUGUGCAUUGGGAGGAACAAUACCAACAAUUGCAGAUGUUUUUAAGGAAACUAGACCAUUCUGACCAAGAGGAAUAUAUCCUAAUUCUUCGAUCACUUUCCUUUGUGGAACUUAGUAGACAUGCGAUAGAACUAGAGAAGAGAUCAAUUCAGCUAUCACUAGAGGAAGGGAUGUGUGAGACUGAGCCAUAUUUGGACGAUGGAAGCACGUCAGAGUUGUCAGGCCAAUGGACUGAUGGUUGGAGCACCAAUUCGAGUGACGAAGAUGAUUCAAACGGGUCGGAGGAACCGCAUAGUCAUGAAGGUGAUAGUGGCCCUGCAGACAGUGAAUUCCAAGGUUGCGAUGGUGGUGGAUGCGAUGUAGAUGCCUCAAUAGAGGAUCAUGAGAACUCAAGGAAUAUCAUCGGUGAACAAUUCAGCAGUCCAGACCUAGUGAAUGGUUCUGCGUUGUUAUCUACAGAGUUUACUGGGGUUGAAUAUGCCUACACAAGGUAUGCGGCGUAUGCGAAGGAUAUUGGGUUUUCUGUGGAAAAGGGAGAUUCUGUUAAAGAUGAGGUGGGGAAUAUUGUCAGAAAGUUUUUCUAUUACAAUUGGCAAGGGCUGCGGGAAAAGUAA